CGACGACAUUGACAACCACCACCACCCCCACAGCACCACUGCGACUGCAUAUACACAACCGCAACCAUGGGUGUCCCAUUCGAGGCUCUGCUGCCCUAUGCUAUCAUGACUGGCUUCUUCGCCUUCAGCGCAGUAUCGGUCGGAAAGCUCCAGGAGAUUCAGAACGGAGGAAAGCGGACGCGACGGGGUAUCGAUGCAUGGGACAGGCAAAUGAUGGAACGCGACCGCCGACUGACAGGCUUCAUGCGUGGCCAGACCGACCAGCCCGUCGCCCCCGCUGGCUUCGAACUCAACAACCCGUGGAGGUGCGAGCAACGAUUCUUCUAGGCCCAUGUACUUCUCUAGCACACCCACGACGCACUUUGUCGAGCGAAACGGACCCGGUAGAUGUUAAGCAAUCAAUUCUUUUCUACU